GUUUUCCUCCUCCUCCGGUGAAGUCGCAGCAGCAGCGGAUCCUCGUUCUGCAGCUCAUUGCUUCUGUCAUGGCGUCAACUGAGAUUGCAAGACAAGCUGGUGAAGGUGCUCGUGCUGUUCCUCUGUCAGGCCAUGUGGGCUUUGACAGCAUGCCGGACCAGCUGGUCAACAGGUCCGUCAACCAUGGGUUCUGCUUCAACAUCCUCUGUGUUGGCGAGACAGGCCUGGGUAAAUCCACCCUGAUGGACACGUUGUUCAACACCAAGUUUGAGGGCGAGCCAACUCAGCACAACCAGCCGGGAGUUACGCUUAAGUCCAACACCUACGAACUCCAGGAGAGUAAUGUUCGCCUCAAACUCACCAUCGUCAACACUGUGGGCUUUGGUGACCAGAUCAAUAAAGAAGAGAGCUACAAGUCAAUUGUGGAGUUCAUUGAUGCCCAGUUUGAGGCGUAUCUACAGGAGGAGCUGAAAAUCAAGCGCACACUUCACAGCUACCACGACACUCGCAUCCACGCAUGUCUGUACUUCAUCGCCCCCACGGGACACUCGCUCAAAUCCCUUGACUUGGUAACCAUGAAGAAACUGGACAGUAAGGUAAACAUCAUUCCAAUCAUUGCAAAGUCAGACGCCAUCUCCAAGAGUGAACUGACCAAGUUCAAAAUUAAAAUCACCAGCGAGCUGGUCAGUAACGGUGUCCAGAUCUACCAGUUCCCCACUGACGAUGAGUCCGUGGCUGAGAUCAACUCAACUAUGAACAGUCAUUUGCCCUUUGCUGUGAUUGGGAGCACAGAGGAAGUGAAGAUAGGAAACAAAAUGGUGAAGGCACGGCAGUACCCCUGGGGAACGGUGCAAGUGGAAAAUGAGAAUCACUGUGACUUUGUCAAAUUGCGAGAAAUGCUGAUCAGAGUGAACAUGGAGGACCUGAGAGAGCAGACUCACACACGGCAUUACGAGCUGUACCGUCGCUGCAAACUGGAGGAAAUGGGCUUCAAGGAUACGGACCCUGACAGCAAACCCUUUAGUUUGCAGGAAACGUACGAAGCAAAGAGAAACGAGUUCAUGGGCGAGCUGCAGAAAAAAGAAGAAGAAAUGAGACAAAUGUUCGUACAGCGAGUCAAAGAGAAGGAGGCCGAGCUGAAAGAAGCAGAGAAGGAGCUGCAUGAAAAGUUUGACCGUCUAAAGAAGCUCCACCAGGAUGAGAAGAAGAAACUGGAGGAGAAGAAGAAAUCCCUUGACGACGAGCUGAACACCUUUAAACAGAAGAAGACGGCGGCCGAGCUCCUGCAGAACCAGGCUCAGCAAGCAGGGGGCUCCACCACACUGAAGAGAGACAAAGAGAGGAAAAAUUAACUGCUCCCACACUUGCUGCAUGCUGCAUGAGGCGUCUACACUGCUGAAGGAUUCCUGUAGAAAAGCGCCCAGUUUGGCCACCCUUCCUCCUCUUCCUCCUCCUCCUGUUGUGAAUGACCUCCUUCCCCAUCACUUUAUUUACCCCCCACCCCCAUCCACCUUACCCAUCAUCCCAUAAUUUCACUAUCCACACCCCUCCCUCCCAAAUCCCCUCCAACUGACCCCUGACUCUGGAAGAUGCUGUGGUUGCUCAGUUUGGUUUCACCCAUUAUAACUGCAUCAUUUCACCUGUUGUUGUGUUGUUUAAUUUUUAAAAAAAAUUUUUUUACACUUUUUUUUGUUAAACAUUUUUAACUAUGAAUUUCAAAUUACAUUCCAUAUUUUUUUUGUUGUUAUCCAUUGUAUUACUGCAUGUUUUAGUUUUGUAAUAUUAACACGUUGACAUCGAAUUAACAAACCUAAAGUAACCGUUUCAGACCCUGUGACAAAGGUUUGAUGCGUUAUCUCUGUCAUUUGAUUCCUUAGGCUGUCUAUCUGUGAUCUCUUUAACGAAACUGAGCCUAAAAUAAUAUCUAGUAUUAUAGUAUUUUACUCUGUAAUCCAAUUGCUGAGUCUGAGUUUCUGUAAUAAGGACUGAGACAGGGACCGGUCCAUAGUGUCAUAAAUGUGUCCAAUCAGACAGGAGACUGGUAUCCUGAGUUUUACUUUUGUCAAAGAAAGUAAUUUAAAUAUCAUUUAGAUGCUCACAUUUGUGGAUUUUUUUUACUCUUGUCCAUUUUUUUUUCCGGUGCAGUUUGACUUAAGAUGUCUGCAUGAAUAACUGUGAGGCUAACCCUUUUUUUUUUUUU